AUGGACAACAACUCGCAGGGAUCGGGGGGACUCAAAGGAGGUCUUGGGGGUCUUUUUGGAGGCAGUCCAUCUGAAUACUCCAACACAGAGCUCGCCGGCGUGCCGUUGACUGGAAUGAGUCCUCUGUCGCCUUACCUCAACGUCGACCCUCGUUAUCUGGUUCAGGACACAGACGAGUUCAUUUUACCCACUGGGGCCAACAAAACAAGAGGAAGAUUUGAGCUAGCUUUUUUUACCAUUGGAGGUUCCUGUAUGACUGGAGCUGGGCUUGGAGCUUUAAACGGUCUGAGGAUGGGCUUGAAGGAGACCAGUGACAUGGCAUGGUCCAAACCACGUAAUGUACAGAUUCUCAACAUGGUGACCAGGCAAGGGGCAUCGUGGGCCAACUCCCUCGGCUCUGUCGCCUUGCUGUACAGUGCUUUUGGUGUGGCAAUAGAGAAGGCUAGAGGAGCAGAAGACGACAUCAACACAGUGGCUGCUGGCACGUUAACAGGGAUGCUCUUUAAAUCUGGAAGUGGAUUAAAGGGUGCAGCCCGUGGAGGUCUGGCUGGUUUAGCUUUGUCUGGUGCCUACGCUCUCUACAACAACUGGGACAAUCUCACCGGCUCAUCCUCGGCCUCCAGGCUGUACUAA